GUAAGAUUUAAUGGAAAGGUUAUUCUCCAAUAAAAAAUUCUAUUAUUUGAAUAUAUUUACAAAUUAUAAAAGUCUUAUAAAUAAAAAAAACUGAAGAUCAUCGUAAUCGAAACUAAAUUAAAAAGUGUAGCCAUACACGUGGAGAAUCAUCGAAGAAGUCCAUGAAACGAAGAAAGUGUGUUAAAAUUAAGAGGACAGUAAUUUUAUAAAAUAUGGAAUUAAUUACAAUAGAAUUAAGACCUCGUCUUCGAUCUUGUACAGUUUUUCUAUUUAUGCAAAAAUCCAUAACCUUAGAUAAAGUACAAAUUAAACUCUUGGAAGCAAGUAUUAUGUUGUCAAUAGGAGAAAAUGUAACAUAUAUCACAAUACCAAAUAUAAAAAUUGUACCAACAUCGUUAUCUUCCUUGAGUGUAAUAGAUAAAUGGGUGUGUUUUCGUUUACAUACACAGCCAUUAGAUUCAGAAUUUGGAUCAUUUCAAAGAGAAUUUAUUACAGAUACAAAAACACAAUUUAAUACGUUAGAAAGUAAGAAAAAAAUAAAUAAAAAUUCCAAAUGUACGAUAUUAUGUACAUGUUGUAAGAAUGUAUUUUGUAACAAGCUUUAUUUUCAAAGAGUUUUACCACUUCCUAGUGUUGACUUUGAUCCAUCUGAAUGGUUCUGCAGUAAAAAAGACAUAGAUUUCAUGUCAUUAUUACAUCCAAAUGAAUUAGAUCUUUUUUAUGGUCCAUUCUUUUCAAUAAUAAAUAGUAAUGUCUUUUACAAUUACAGAAAAAAUAAAAAAGAUAUUUUAUGUAACAGAUGUUUGUCAAAUGUAGGAAUUCAGAAUAAAGAUAGUUCAUUUAAAAUUUGGGAUUGUUGCAUUAAUUAUAAAUUGGAGACUGAUGAAAUAAUUAUCGAAGAAGUAUCUAAUCCUCUUCAUGAUUUUAUAACAAUUAUUAAAAAUUUCAUUAAUAAUAAUACAUUUGGUGAAAUUAUUCUAGAAUGUUUAUUAGAUAAACAAUCGCAUUAUAUAGUAAUUAAACCAAUGGAUAUAAGGUUAGGUAUACUUACAGAAGGAAAUAUAAAAUGUAACGAUGACAAGAUUAAUCUAAAAGAAGCUUUUGUUACUAAAGUAUUGUACAAAUAUGGAACAGACAAAAUGAUUUUACCUAAAGAUUCUAUUAAUGCAAAGAAUUAUGAAGUAAGUUUAUCUAUGAUUGAAGCUGCAUUUAAUUAUUUAUUAUUAUCAACAAAACGAUUUCCAAAACAUUAUAAAACCAUUGAGGAUUAUUAUAUUGGUUAUAUAAAUAUAGAAUAAAGUAAUUACCUGUUUUGUCUGUAAAAAAAAAAAAUGUAUAUGAGAGAAUAUAUCAUUUAUCAAACGA